AUGAACUCAGGUACAAAUGCAUUUGAUAUGACUUAUGACUACCAUCAUGCCAGUGAAACAUAAGUUAAAAUUGAAAUGAAAGGUUUUCAGUUAUCAGUUACCUCGUAAUUGAAAAAGGUUAUGCUUCUUCUACCCCCUUCUACUUUUCUAAAAUGGCUGCUAGUGUGGCUAGUUAAUGAAUAUACUGUAGCAGUAGUACAAAUAUAAAACCAAUGUCUGAAAGUCCAAAGUUCAGAAUCACAGGCUCUGUCUGUUCAUUCAUAUUCCUCUGGUUGCUAAUUAACCCAAUAGCUACACAUAUGAGACAAAAGGUGGGAUCUGAUUUGACCAUGCAAUAUACACUGAGUGUACAAAACAUUAGGAACACCUGCUCUUUCCAUGACAUAGACUGACCAGGUGAAUCCAGGUGAAAAGCUAUGAUCCUUGAAAUAGACUGACCAGGUGAAUCCAGGUGAAAGCUAUGAUCCUUUAUUGAUGGCACUUGUUAAAUCCACUUGAAUCAGUGUAGAUGAAGCGGAGGAGAUGGGUUAAAGAAUGAUUUUUACACCUUGAGACAAUUGAGACAUGGAUUGUUUAUGUGUGCCAUUCAUUGGGUGAAUGGGCAAGACAAAAUAUUUAAGUGCCUUUGAACGGGGUAUGGUAGUAUGUGCCAAAUGCACCGGUUUGAGUGUGUCAAGAACUGCAACGCUUCUGGGUUUUUCAUGCUCAAAAGUUUCCUGUGUGUAUCAAGAAUGGUCCACCACCCAAAGGACAUACAGUCUGUGGGAAGCUUUGGAGUCAACAUGGGCAUAAUCAUUAUGACAAUUGUUUUAAUUUUAUUGGUAAAAUAUUUUGAUACUUUGAUACUGUAAGUACAGUUGAAGUCGUUUAGUACACUUAGGUUGGAGUCAUUAAAACUCGUGAUGACAUUUCCCUGCAAUAAAGUCCCCGGCCACUAGGAGCGCUGCCUCUGAAUGAGCAUUUUCUUGUUUGCUUAUGGCCUUAUACAGCUCGUUGAGUGCGGUCUUAGUGCCAGCAUCGGUUUGUGGUGGUAAAUAGAUGGCUACGAAAAAUAUAGAUAAACUCUCUUGGUAAAUAGUGUGGUCUACAGCUUAUCAUGAGAUACUCUACCUCAGGCGAGCAAAACCUUGAGACUCCCUUAAUAUUAGAUUUCGCGCACCAGCUGUUAUGGACAAAUAGACACAGACCGCCAACCCUUGUCUUACCAGAGGCAGCUGUUCUGUCUUGCCGAUGUACGGAAAACUCAGCCUGCUGUAUGUUAUCCAUGUCAUCGUUCAGCCACGACUCGGUGAAACAUAAGAUAUUACAGUUUUUAAUGUCCCAUUGGUAGGAUAGUCUUGAACGGAGCUCAUCCAGUUUAUUCUCCAAUGAUUGCACGUUGGCCAAUAGGACGGCUGGUUAGAGGCGGGUUACCCACUCGCCGACCAAUUCUCACAAGGCACCCGGAUCUGCGUCCCCUGUAUCGGCGUCUUCUCUUCAUGCGAAUGACAGGGAUUUGGGCCUGGUCCGGUGUCUGCAGUAAAUCCUUCGCGUCCGACUUGUUAAAUAAAACAUCUUCGUCCAGUUCGAUGUGAGUAAUCAAUGUUCUGAUAUCCAGACGCUCUUUUCAGUCAUAAGAGACGGUGGCAGAAACAUUAUGUACAAAAUAAGUUACACACAAUAGCACAGUUGGUUAGGAGCCAGUAAAACACCAGCCAUCUCCUCCAGCGCCAUUGAAUAAUAAGUUGUGAUAAUGUCAUUGUGAUGUCCUUUAUCUUUUAUGCAGGGUUGUGUCGGAGGGUGCUGAUACUGGUUGCUCUCACAGUACCCAUCAGAGCAGCUCAACCUGGUGAGAAUGUUUACACUGUUAAUUACAUUAGUAACUAAAAGGAAACGGUUCCCUGGACACGGUAUUAAAAAGUAAUUUAAUCUGUGUCCAGGAAACUGGCCCUGGGAGUCGAGCACAAAUAAGUCACCCUCUCUUUCUCUCGCCCUCUUUCUCCCCUGUCUCUCCUUCUCCAGCCCCGGAGACGUUCACCUUAACUGUCCCUGAUGGUCCAACCUCGACCCUGUCUGGCUCCUCGGUCUCUCUACUCUGUGAAGUCUCACCUCUCUUCAAUGCAGAGCCAUUGGAGGUGCGCUGGUACCGUUCCAGUAACUUCCACAGUCCUGCCUUGUUGUACAAAGAUCACAAGAUCCAGGAGGCCCCUGUGGACCCCCAGUAUAGGGGCAGGGUGUCUCUAACUGGGGGGCUGGAGAGAGGGAAUGUGUCCCUGAGACUGGAGAGGGUCACACUGGAAGACAGGGGGGAGUAUAUAUGCCAAGUCACCAGUGACCAGUGGUAUGAAAAGGCCAGUGUCUUCCUCACAGUGAAUGGUAAGGGUUAUCUCUCAAAUUGAUGGUGAAACUGUGUAUUGUGGUGUCACCCCCAAAGCACCUGAUCCUAGAUCAGCACUCCUACUCUGAGACACGUUAUGGAGUCUUUGGUACCACAGAGUAAAAACAAAAAGGCAGUUACAUUUGCCACCUCUCAGUUUACAUUUACAUUAGGGGUACAGCCAACUACAAACUUCAGCUGAAUUUAGCCUUAUAUAGCCCCGCCCCCAAAAAAUAAAACAUCUCUGGAAGGGAUAGAGGCAUCCGUUUAAUGUAAACAAAAUGGGCAAACCACCUUUAAGUAACUUCAAACGAAAUAAUUGAAAGUUGAUUUGAGUUGUUUGGCCAUGACAUUUAGAAAAUGUCAUGGAUGCCCCUAUCACUCCUAUUGAAUGUUAGCUAGCGGUGGCUAUAGUUAGCUGAAGUUUGUCGUGGUCGUUUAAAAGAAAACCAAACCAUGGAAUACAGUUCUAUAUCGUGGAGCUCCGCCCCAUAGGGGAGCUCUGCUCCUAUUGGUUUACCCUGCUGCCUAGGCAACGAACAGCCUGAGACAAAAUGAUGCACACACCUGCAGCCAAUAGGAGUACAGGUGUCCCUAUAAGAGGGGAUGCUUCCCCUCAAUCAGCCUCCCUUUAUCUUCAGCGACUGGACUAGACUGAAGAAGCCGAUAAGAAGACAAGACUCAGGACGAGAAAGCCGUCGCCGAUUUCCAAGUCUCGACGUCGUCCUCUAAAUGAGCACACCAGGAGUUUUUCCACGCCCAAAAGCUCUUUUCAGAGCUCAAUGUCGCUCCUCCUCCAUGACAACUUAUGUUUUGUGUGCUUAGGAUCACAGCAUGCUUGGAGUGGCCUCAUAGAUCCCCCACUAUGCGCCAGCUGCGCCCUCCUUUCUUUAAAGGAGAGGAAGCAGCGAUGGUCAUUUUUUCGGGAGGAUAUCCCUCUAGAGGACGUGUUAUCGGUGCUAGCCUCAGCUUCUGAGGCAUCAUCUGAGGGCGCUGACUCAGGAGAUGACAGGAAUAUUGGGGAGGAAAUGGGUAUUCUAUUGGAACUAUCCAUUACUCUGACCCAGAUGUUUAACACUCCUUUUUCCGUCAGGAAAGUGUGAGGUCAUUUACAUCCCUGGGUGAUGACGACACGGGCUCUGAAUUUUCAGCAGGCCCGUCCUACGCCACAGCCUCUCUGCGCUCGGAUUUUCCAGGGCUCAUUGAGAUGGCUGCUAAGCGGCUGGAGAUUAAGCUGCCCCCCAUUCCCUCCAACCCGCAAGUGGACAUGAUGGAGGGCGGCCCUUACUCUCGCUACUGCUCCGCGUCGUACCCGGCGUCAGACAGCGGCCUCCAGCAGCAAGGGAGCGGGCCCCGCCCCUCCUGCAGCGCAAGAGGUGCCGACCAUUCCGCCAGCAAGAGAGGUCAUUAAAGCGUCAUCCUGGCAUCACCCGAAGGGCGGCCAGAAGAGACGCCGUUUAUGACAUGGCGAGGGGGAGAGAACGGAAGACGGCGCAGCGCCUUGUGUGACUGUGUCCACUGUUCCCCCCCCCCCACCCUACUGGAGGAAACUGCGUGUUGUGUGUCUAAUAAAGAGUUGGCUCCAAUUGACUUUGUCACAAGACAGCCCCUUUUCCAUGAUACACCCGAAACCGUUCAGGUGCCUUUACUCUCUCUCUCUCUCUCCUCCUCACCACUCUGAGUGUAGCACAGCCCACUACGGGUGCGUAGUUGAGCAUACACAUGAGGCACGUGUGAAUAAGGGAACAAGGCAGACAUCUUUGAUGAGCCGCCUUGUUAUACCUCAUAAAAACCUUACACACAUAGACUCCUAGGAGUGUUGUGGUACAGGAUUCACAUAGUAGCCUGCGUACACAGCCAGUUACUGGAACGAUGACGCAAUCGCUAUUGGGAGACGGCGCUCUGACUCAGGCGAGCGCCUCAGUCAGUGCAGUUCAGACCCGUGCUGCGUUCAUGGAGGGCUGGGACAACGAGGUUACGAGUAUAACCAACGUGUCAGCGCCCCCGUUUCUCUCAGAACCCGCUCAUGUUUCCUCUCCCUUUCAUGAGAGGCCCGCCUUGGGCUGUUCCACCACUUCACUGUCGGGGAACAGCGGCGGCGACGGCCGUAGAGGAAUACAGGUCCUUCCUACUGAAUGCACCACAGCUUCGCGCUCUUCCGCUUUCUCAGCAUUAUUGGGAGUGGCAGCGAAGCUGUACCCUCUCCCACUGGCAAGACCGGACGCUGGAGAAGGGUUAUGCCAUCCAAUUUCACCCGAUCCCUCCCCAUUCAGGGGGGUGGUGGAGAUGGUGAUGAAAACGCCGGGAAAGUUCGCCGCUCUCAUUACAGAGAUUACAGAACUUUUGGCGAAGAAGGCAGUCACAGUAGUUCCUCGGGAGCAAAGGAACAGGGGGUUAUAUUCGCCCUAUUUCCUGGUGCCCAAAAAGAUGGGGGGAAUAAGGCCAAUAUUGGAUCUGAAUUCUCAACGAGAGCGUAGCCAAACGGCCCUUUCGAAUGCUGACGACAAAACGUCUGCUGGAAUGUGUCCAGAGGAGAGACUUUUGUACGAGCAUAGACCUGAAGGACGCAUAUUUUCAUGUGCCGGUACCUCCGCGUCACAGGAAGUUUCUGCGUUUUCGCUUUUCAAGGGGCGGCGUACUAAUACAUGAGGAUGCCAUUCGGGUACGCCCUGGCACCUCACACGUUUUCCAAAUGUGUGGAGGCGGCAAUAGCACGGUUACGUCGUCAGGGGAUAAGGGUUUUAGCCUACCUAGACGACUUACUGGUUCUCGCCCCUUCAGCAGAGCUGGCGAUCACACACACGACACAGACAGUGAUUCAUCUCACGUGUCUGGGGUUCGCUGUGAAUUGGGAAAAAGAGCGCGCCCUGGCCCAGUCAUCAGAUUGUCUAUCUGGGGAUACAGCUAGACACUGUAACGAUGAGGGCUCGAAUUUCGGAUCCUCGACGGGCUGCCCUGUUGCUAGCCCUACCAAGGUUUUAUCUGAAUCACACGGUAAAGGCGCUUUCGGUCAUGUCACUCUUGGGUCUCAUGUCGUCGGCCCAUUCCGUGGUUCCGCUGAGACUUAUGCCAGUAAAUGGAAUGUUUUUUCACAGUGUUGUGUCACAGAAAAUGUGGACUACGUGUGCUGUCAGGUCGAGAGCAUACGCUCAUUCCUACAGUUCCUAUGUGAUAAGCAGCGCUCACCCGCCACCAUGUAGGUGCUUGCGGCGCCGAUUUAGGCUUGUCAUGAGGGUUUGGCAGAGACACUGUUUUCAGCCACCCUCUUGUGAAAUGUUUUCUAUUGGGAACGCGGCGGCUUAGGCCAAUGCCUAGAGCCACGCUUCCUCAGUGGGAUUUGAUUUUGGUGCUCGAAGCGCUCUGCGAGCCACCGUUCGAGCCAUUGAAUCAAAUCCCCCUUAAGAUGUUAUCUUUGAAGAUGACACUGUUGCUCGCUUUGACCACUGCUUAACGUGUCAGUGAUUUGUACGCUCUUUCGACGAGACCCGACUGCCUUGCCAUUUAUGACGAUUGAGCAGGACGGUGUUAAGUCUUAACCCGGCAUUUAUGCCAGAGGUUAUUAAGAGCUCAUAUAGAUUACAGAUCGUAGAGCUGUGGGCCUUCUCUCCCUUUCACCAUGUUGAGAGGAGAGAGGAACGGCUCCAUCGCCUGUGCCUAGUGCGCGCCUUGGCGCGCUACGUGGAGCGCAACGCUGCGAUUAGGUCAUCGCCUCAGCUGUUUUGUGUGUCACGGUGCGGCUGCACUCGGUAGACCACUUUCUAAACAGCGUCUGUCUCAUUGGCUUUGUAAGGCAUUGAGACGGCUUAUGAGGCUGCAGGGCGGCCAUUGCCUCUGGGUAGAAGAGCCCAAUCCACUCGUGGAGUAGCGGCUUCUAUUACCUUUUUCAGAGGAACAGGUGUAGAGGAUAAUUGCGCAGCGGUGUCUUGAUCGUCACCGUCUCCUUUUAUCUAUUUCUACCUGUUAGAUAUGUCUUCUAACUCUCUGGUUCAGUCUGUACUCAGUGUAGCUGAUGGAAGGACUUGAACUAAGAUAAAAAAGAUGCAGGACCAGGGGGCAGGGUUCCCAUUAGGUCAGCUUUUUUUCUAUGAGAGAGCCAUGACUCCUGACUGAGGUUAUCAGUACAGUAGAGGUAAUGUAUUGUGACCUGCUCACCAGUGCAUAACUGGGUUGGGGCGGAAUGAUGAGAGAAAUAGUGUUUGUAACUUUGUUUACAUUACUAUUAGACCGGUCAUAUAUAUUGACUGAAUUGUGACGUCAUCUAUCUGCUUGUUCAGAUUAGUAUGACUCAUGUUCUGGAGUCUACCCACUAAUCUUUGGGUUUCCAUAGAUUGAGUGUGGCGGAUUACCGAAUACACAGUGUAGAGUGACACUUUGUGUCAUUACAUUAGUGAUCGGUUUUGUUUUGACAGGAUAUUGAGAUGCCAUCUAUCUGCUGGUUCAGAUUAGUAUGGCUCAUAUUCUGGUUAUCUGCCCACUAGACAUUGGCAAUGCCAUUGGACUAGGUGGGGUGAAUUUGUACAGAGGACACAGUAUUUUGUGACACUUGGUCGCAGCCAUUGCUAGGCCCGACCUUUUCAAGUGGGAAGUGUUGGGCUCGGCAGGGAGUACAUUUUGGAGCGUUGCGCUCCGCCUUAAACCAAUAGGAGCAGAGCUCCCCUAUGGGGCGGAGCUCCACGAUAUAGAACGAUAGUUACCGGAGUUGUAAUUCCAGUUCUAUGAGUGGAGCGGAGCCCCAUAGGACUUAAGGCCCUUCCGACACUCCAGUCUGAAGAUAAUUUCUUGGGAGGCUUAUUGAGGGGAGGCAUCCCCUCUUAUAGGGACACCUGUACUCCUAUUGGCUGCAGGUGUGUGCAUAAUUUUGUCUCAGGCUGUUAGCUGCCUAGGCAGCAGGGUAAACCAAUAGGAGCAGAGCUCCCCUAUGGGGCUCCGCUCCACUCAUAGAACUGGAGUUACAACUCCGGUAACUAUAGUUUCUUCUGGCCCAUAGACUACUUUCAGAGUGAGGAACCAUCUAACACUAAAUUGUAAAAUACAUAUCUUGUAUUCUUCCAAUUUAUUCUGUCAUUCUAUCUGUGUCUUAAUAGUUGUUGCUUGUCCCCCCUUAUCUAUCCAUCAGUGACAGGUAGUGAACCAGUUCUCUCUGUAGCUGAAGGACGAGGAGGAGGAGGUCAGGUGAACGUUACCUGUUCAUCAGUGGGCUGGUCACCACAACCUAAACUCACCUGGAGAAACAAAGAUGGGACAGAGAUCAGAAAUGGACAAGAAGUACUCAACACUUCUGGUAAUUACAUUUUGGUACUUCCUCACACUGUCUCUGUUCUGCUGACACAAAUGUUCUAGUACCUGUGUUUUGGGUAAAAAAUGUGACCUGGGUUGUGGUGUACUUUCAGUUGACUACUUUGUGUAAGUCAAUGUGAAUAUUUUGAUUUCCCCUCCCCAUCUUUCUGUAUCAGAUCCUCAGGGCUUGGUGAGUGUCAGUAGUUGGCUGCUGUAUGCUCCCUCAUACUCCAAUUGGCUCUCCUGUACAGUCUCUUUGUCUGAGGAGGCGAAGAGAGAGGGCAGAAUUCUGCCACAUAUAUACACAGCUCCUACAGCUGUACCUGGUGAGUUAGUCUCCUACACAAACAGCCUACCCACAAUCAGAUCCCUCUCUCCCCAUCCCACACAUACACUACUUUAGAGGAGGAGAAUGAACAUGUUGAAGAGGUGUCUACAGAUUGCUUUUGCUAAUUAAUUUCACUGUGAUGGUGUUCUGAUGAUGUCAUGUCUUGAGAGCUUUAGAGGCAUUUUAUCAAUGUUGGGUCUCUGUGCAGGAGUCUUCAAAGAAGCCUUCAUUGUGACUCUGGUCCUGUUGGUCCUGUUUCUGAUCAUCGGUGCUCUGUGCUCUGUCAUUCUGUACAAACAAAGAGGUAUCUGGUAUUCAGUCAUACUAGUGUUUGUGAUGUAA